GUAGCAAAGCAUUCUAUCUUUCUCUCUCUUCCUCCUUCUCUGUCGUUUCUCUCUCUAGCUUUUUCGAAGGCUAGGGUUUUCCUCCAUAGGCGCGCAAUCGAAGGUCGGGGGCCGGCGGUCGGGGAUCGCGCGGGGGUUUUCCAGGUUCUCCUUCUCCUCGAAUCGGAUUGGGAUUGCUUUCGGAUUCUUUCUCUAGGAUUCUUCGAUUCGCGCGGCCCGCUCGGAUUGCGGAUUAGGAUUGUUCGGGAGUUGUUUUCCCUAUUUGGCGGGGAGCUUGAUCGGGGAUUCGGUUUCGGAGAGGCGGCGGCGAUUCGGUCGCGGGGAUCGAAUGCGGGUUGCCGAGCCGACGACGACGAGGCGGAAGAGCUGAGAGCGCUAGGGUUCUCGGUCGGAACGGGAUUGGAGGAUUCGUGUCGAGCAUCCUGUCUGGGGUGGAUUCGUUUCUCGAGGCGGACUGGCUUAUCUCCAGUGGAGUCCUGCUGGUGGAAGAGGAAGAGCGGCGGGUGAAGAGGCAUCGGGGGCGCGGGAUGAUUAAUUGUUCUGAGCCUUGUUGAUCGAGACUAGGGCUCUGGAGUUGUUGGUGGAUUGAUAUAGGAACUGAUAUACGCUCGGAAAAGAAGGGACGCCUGCAGUUGACAUGUGCAAUUACCGGGUGCUGAUUUUAUGGCACCAGCUUUUCCCAUAGAGUUUAGUGGGCAGAGAGAGUCGAUAAGGUGUUCUCCCUCGAUGGGCAAGUCGCGGAAGUUCUCGUCGAAAGGGCCUUCCAGUGGCUUUGUACCAGAUUAUCGGCAUGCUGUUGAGACUAUUGAAUCGGAGGGCUUCGGGAGCUCAGGACGGGUUGACACUGAGAUGACGGCCUCCGAUGAUUCAUCUGCCCCGAGAAAGAAAUGCAUUAGCUUGAAUGUAGACGGAAGCAAUAAAUUCAGGGUCCCAAUACAGGUGUUGUCUUUGGCUAAGAUGUCAAGGCGUGAGAGGAGAGACCUUAAGCUGAGGUUGAAAAAGGAACUUAAGCAAGUUGAGAAUCUCCAGAGAAAACUUGCGCGCAUGGGCUCUGAUGUAAUUGCAUUGUCUCCAUCUCGUGAUGUACGGAGUUGGAGUGAGGGGCAGAGAAAGCCUCCAGUGGAUGGCUUCCCAAGGUCUUCAGAAUUGUCCGCUCGGAAUGGAAAGAAGCGUUUCCCUUCAGCUCGCAGCGGGUCUCAAAGUAAGAAGGGUGCCCCUGGCCGCUCUGAAUCAAUAAAAGCUGCUACUUCAGCAAAUACAUCGAAUGCUAUGUUAUUAAAACAGUGUGAAACAGUGUUGAAUCAUUUGAUGUCGCACCAACAUGGUUGGGUUUUUAAUACACCUGUGGACAUAGUGGAGUUGAACAUUCCGGACUACUUUACUGUGAUUAAGCACCCUAUGGAUUUAGGGACUGUGAAAAAAAAGUUGCUUUCAGGAGAAUAUGCCAGCCCUCUUGGGUUUGCGGCUGACGUACGGCUAACUUUCUCGAAUGCAAUGACUUACAACCCUCGUGAGAACAAUGUGCAUAUUAUGGCUGACACUCUCAGAAAGUAUUUUGAGACGAAGUGGAAACCUGUAGAGAAAAAGCUUCCAGCUGUUAAUGACGUGCAGGCAGUCCCUGAAUACCCCGCCCAUAGUGAAACUGGAAUUGGCACCGAAAUGCCACCUAUGAAAAAGAAGAAAGGUAGUCCAGUUGACCCUCGGACUAAGCCUGAGCCAGAGAAGCAGAUCAUGAGUGAUGAGGAUAAGCAUAAACUAAGCGUUGAACUAGAUGAUCUCCUGGGAGAACUGCCUGAGAGCACUGUCAAUUUUCUUAAAGAGCAAAGCUCUGGAGCAGAGCAGACCAAUGAGGAUGAAAUUGAGAUAGAUCUUGAUGCACUUGGGCAUGAAACCCUGUUCAAAUUACGGAAGCUUGUAGAUGACUAUUUGCUGGAGAAACAGAAAAAACAGGCAAAAGCUGAACCUUGUGAAAUGGAGGUUCAUAACAUGUCGGGUGUCAGCACCUCAUCAGUGCCGCCUUGCAAAGGAAAUGACGCGAUUGAUGAGGAUGUAGAUAUAGUUGGCGGGAAUGACGCUCCAGUUUCAUGCUUCCCUCCAGUAGAGAUAGAGAAAGAUGCAGUGCAUAGAAACAGUAAAUGCAGUAGUUCCAGUAGCUCCGGUACUGAAUCGGGGUCCUCAUCAAGUGAUGCAGACUCAGCUAGUUCAUCCGCUAGUGAAUUAGAUCCUGCUAAGGUUUCUGGACCUGUCAAGGUGGUGAAGGAAGGCAUGGCUAAUGGAGUAAGUGAUGACCAAAAGAGUACUUUUCAUGACUUAGAUACUGCAUCUGUUGAUGGGAUGGAUCAAGUUGUGGAAAAUUCUCAGCCCAAUUCGCUUCCCUUAGAAGCUGAUGUUCAGGGAGAGGAGGAGAGUACUCCACCUGAGAGGCAAGUCUCCCCUGAGAAGCGUUAUCGUGCAGCACUUUUGAGGAACCGAUUUGCCGAGACUAUAUUUAAAGCUCGAGAAAAGGCUCUUGAGAAGGUUGAGAAGCGGGAUCCUGAGAAGUUACGAAUAGAGAGAGAGGAACUCGAGAGGCGGGCAAAAGAAGAAAAGGCUAAAAUUCAAGCUGAGGCAAUGGCAGCAGAAGAGGCUAGAAAAAAAGCCGAAGCUGAAGCUGCAGCUGAAGCUGCAGCUGAAGCCAAGAGGCAGAGGGAGCUGGAGAGGGAACUUGCUCGUCAAGCAUUGCAAAAGAUGGAAAAGACAGUCGAUAUCAAUGAGAACAGUCAGUUUAUGGAGGACUUGGAGAUGCUUCGGGUUCCUCAUGGUGAGGAUUUACCAAACUUCUUGGAGGAGGCAAAGAGCCCAGACUGUUCAGAAGACCAUCUGGGUAGUUUCAAACUCCAGAAUAGUAGCAAUCCUUUAGAACAGCUUGGCUUGUACAUGAAGGUUGAUGACGAAGAUGAGGAUGAGGAAAGUGAGCCGCCCGAAAGUCAUCCGGUUCUGCCGCCGCCAAAUGACAUAGAGGACGGGGAAAUUGAUCGAUGAGAGAAUCUUUUUUCCCAUAUUCUGACACUAGGAACGUAAAUCCUUUUAAGAGGACUGGAAAGGAGUUUCUUUAGGAGGAAUGAGACAACUGGGGGAAAUCCCCUUCCUUCUUGGGUGACCGCCUAAAAUCGGAUGUGCCCAAUGGAUUGGGGGAACAUACUGCUCCAGCCUUUCUCAAAGAGGGUUGGGAACUUCCUUUUUUGCUUUGAACAUUUGGCGACUGAGGUUGGUGUUACCUUAUCUGUGGAUGGUCAGCGACGCAAAAUGUGGAUUUGGAAGGGAGCGUGUACAUAGAUAUUUGGAGAUAUUGAUUCCGAUUCAUUGAAACGGAGCACAAGCGCAAGCAGUAGGCUUUUCUGAUGGACGCUGAGGAUAGACUGUUAUAAAGAAGGGCAAAAGAAAGACGGGAGGAUAAGUUAGAGAGAAGAGGCAGUCUUUCCUUGUAUAAAGGCUCUGGUUCUGUUUGCACGGCGUAAGUGGAAAAGAUCAAAUUGUUUUCUUGCUCUGCCCCCACACACACACAAAAAAAAGAGAAAGAAAGGAAAAAGCAAAAAUUCAUUCUUUUCCUUUGUUUGUGUAUGUUCCGAUCAUUCCUUGAUUCAAUCUGCCUUUUCAGAUGAACUAUAUAUGUCCAAGCAUGAUGCACUGAUUCUUUUCAUCUGAUAUUUGAUUCGAACUGCCUUUUAGAUGAGGCGAUACCUUUUUGAA